UCUAGAGCUGCCCCCCAAGCACCAAAUUGAUACCUCAUAUCAACAGCCUAUAUCCUCGUCCUCCUUCAAUCUCCCUGUCAACUUCUUUAACCCAAGCAAGCAAUUUUGAAUCCUCUUUUUCCUCAUCGACGUCCGCAAUGGCCUCUCUCCUCAGAUCCGCCGCUCGUCCAUCCACCCUCCGAGCUACUGCCUUUGCUUCCAACCCCCUCCGGUCCGUCACAAGCGCGGAUAGAACCUUCGUCCGAACAAAGGUUACCCUUCCAGACUUGGCUUAUGAUUAUGGCGCCCUGGAACCUGCCAUCAGUGGCAAGAUUAUGGAGCUACACCAUAGCAAGCACCAUCAAACAUAUGUGAACUCAUACAACGAUGCUACCGAGCAGUUUGCGGCUGCUGAGGCUAGCAACGACGUCCAGACUAAGAUUACCCUCACCCCGGCCCUCGUCUUUCAUGGUGGUGGCCAUAUCAACCAUUCCUUGUUCUGGGAGAAUUUGGCACCAAAGAACCAGGGAGGUGGUGAACCUCCAUCGGGAGAGCUGGCCCAAAAAAUUGACUCGACCUGGGGAAGCCUGGAAGAAUUUAAGAAGGCGUUUAAUAAAUCUCUUGCAGGCAUUCAAGGCUCAGGCUGGGCCUGGUUGGUCCAGCACCGUCCGACUGGAGUUAUCUCGAUUCAGACUCGUCCAAACCAGGACCCUGUCGUGGGAGAAAAUAAGCCACUCUUGGGGGUUGAUGCGUGGGAACAUGCUUACUAUCUUCAAUACCAGAACCGAAAAGCCGAGUAUUUCAAUGCCAUCUGGGAUGUUAUCAACUGGAAGGCAGCCGAGAAGAGAUUGUCCGGAAAUUGAGAUGCAUGUAACAUCAGAAAUGUCCAUUUAAUCAUCAUAUCAGAGAGCCAGAGGUAGCUUCUAUACUGUAUCCUGGUUGACAUGUUCAGGUCUUGUUUACUGUGGACUCCCCUCGUUCAACUUUCAGACCUUGUGCCAACGAUGUAACCAAGUUCUCGUCCACUGCAUCUUCUGUAUAUGACAAGACUUGCGGAUACUUCUGCCAUUCCAACCAGUCCAGAAUCCUGGCCUCUCGAUUACUGUGCGAUUGCAAGAGGCCCAAACUGAGAUCAAGGUCGUCCAAGCCAUGCUUGUAGUAGAACACGGAUGCUGCACACCUGGAACAGAAAUAACGAUCCACCGACUCUGAUGUCUUAUAGUGAGUCACCUUGGAAGAGUCGGAUAGAUAACUCUGUAAGUCCGUAGCGGGAGUCAUGAUCAACCGUCGAGGCACCGUAAUCCAACUCAAGAUCU